AUGGGAACUCCACUCACGCGUGAUGUGGAGCAGGUCCUCGACCUGGCCAACCACGCGUCUGUCGGCGCGACGGCGCGGCUGCAGCAGGAGGGGGGGGCGGUGCGGCUGGUGGCCAACUACGCGCUCGAGCGCGGAGACGAGGUCUCCCUCUGCUACGACGCGGACGCGGACCACCUCGACCUCUUCGAGCGGUACGGCUUCUUCGACGCGACGAGCGUCGUCCACACCGCCGAGGCUGCACGCGGAUACGACGACGAGCUCGAGGCGUGGUGGGUGCCGGACGUGGGCCUCGAGAGCAGCCCGCUCUACCUCGCCCUGCGCGCGACACUCGCGGAGCUCGAAGGACAUUUGGCGGCCGACGCCGCCGACCCCGCCGAUGCGCUGCGGCAGCCCAUCGCGCGCGAGGCGGCGGUUCGCGAGCGGCUCGCCUCCCUCUUCGAGCGCCACCUCCGGGGCUACGCCUGCAGCGCGGAGCAGGCGGCGCGGGGCUUGCAGGGCGGUUUGCUCUCGGCGGCCGAGGAGGCGGCGACUCGCCUGGUGCACUUCGAGCAGCACCUGCUCCUCGCCCACCUGAGGAGCUUGCCGCACCACAGCAGGAGGCACGGCGACGGAAAUAGGGAAUUGACGCAGUCGGAAUUGACGCAGUCUCGCCCCUAUCAUUACGCCCGUGAACGUGAAGGGCUCGAGGGACGAAAGAAGGCGCAAGAGCGCUUCGCCUGCGGCGCGCCUGCCCGGCCAUGGACCAGGCUUCACCGCCGCUUGCUUGCCGACGGCUGGCAGCAGCUGGGAGACUGA